CCCCUGCCAGGGUCCCAGACCUGCCAGGGCAGCCAGAGGGAAGCCCUGGAUCCCCACACAGCAGAAGGAACAGCAGUGGGGUUUUUUUCUGCACAUCUUCAUCACCGCCCUCCUGCAGUGGCUCACGUUUGCUCACCCAAGGGGAACUUGAACGCAGCCCUGCAGCUCUCCCAGUUGGAAUAAAGGUGAUAUCCUGCAAAGUGGGGAAAGGGAAGGUGGAGCAGCAGUGUUCAUCCUCUGGAUGGUGCUGUUGUGUUGUACAAACAGCAGAGAGGGCCCGCAGAGCUCCGGCGGAACAUCUCGGGCGCUGUUUGCUCCGGGCAGGGUUAAGGAUGUGCUCAGCCCUUUUCUAUUCGCAAAUCUCUCACAAAUCCCGUGUGUUGUGAUCCACCUGUUCUCCAGCAUUCCUGAGCCUGGCUGAACUUACCUAAUGACUACUGAUGAGAAAACUCCUAUUUUCUGACCAAAAUUUUUUUUUUAGCAUCUUAUUUAAAACUUCCCUCGAUCCCCCAGCCACCAAGAGUUAAUCUCUGUUUCACCUGUGGGAUGAGUAUUUGUUGGCUCGAGGGAGUGCACUGAGCUGGCCUGGAUUCACAGGGGAAAAAAAGCUUUCAGUGUUGAUUAAACUUCACUGUGGGGGAAGAAAAGGCACAUGCCUCAGAGGAAGCCAAAGUUCCAGAGGCCAGAACUCUGAUGUUUGAAUACUGUUUGUCUUCAUAGCUCCAGAUAAGAUCUGAAAUAGGUAUUUCCUACUGUAAUGUGUGUGACCUUUUUCUAAUGGUCUUAGAACUUUAUUGGUUUGUUUUAUAACGCUGUCAUAAGGAUAUAACUGCAAUCCCAUGGAGGAGAGGACGUUGUGGAUCAUUGCCUCUGCCAUUUGUCUUCCUUGGCAGUGCUCCUAUAACCCUUUUAUCAGAGAGAAAACCAGCAGCCUGUGUGGUGUAAGAUACUGUUUUGUGAUUGCCUGUGACUCAGUCCUACUCCUAGUAAUUGAUGGCUCACAGAGCUUUCCCUGACUCCUGACUCUGUGACAGAACUCUGGGUAUUCUUGAAAGUGCCACUGUAUAAGAUGUGGGGGCUUUGGUUCAACAAAUGCUGUUGUCUCUGGAUGCUUGUUUAGUUUUUGAGAGAAGGUUUGGUGCAGAAGGGAAGGAACUAGCUGGAAAGUGGCCAGUGAGUGUGGAGUUAUGGCAAGCUUGGGAGUUUCUGGGCUAUCAGCUUCAUUUGCUAAAAACAAGACAAAUAGCUGUGCAGAGUUUGAUCUUGUAGUUUCUUCCCCUCCAGAUUCCCAGCCUGAAAGCAUUUGCUUCUGAAGAUGACUGCUGAAAAGGGAGGGUUAAAACAAGAACCUGAGGGUGCCAAGCCAAGGCUUUGCUAGCCCCGAGGCAUGGCCACUGAGCAGCUGCAGACAAUGUCAUUAUUUUUCUCCCCCACUUGUAACUCAGUUCUUACAUCAUCAAAUAAUACUGUGAACAUGUCCAAACACCCCCAGCUUCUUUAGCAGCUUUAUUCCACUGGCUUCCAGUCAAACACUGCUUUUGGUAGAUUGUAGACAUCACUGAAAGACAAAUUUAUCCUGCAGCUAAGACUGAUUGAUCUGUAGAACACUUCUGUUCUUGAGCACAUCUUGUGAUGUUCUGUUCUGUAGACCAGAGACAUGGGAGAGUGGAAAGCACACAAGGCACGGGCAAGUAAACAAAAUUUGAUACACAGCCCGGUGAAAAACGUGCACACAGGUAAGUUUAUGGCACAGUUCAAAUGCCAGCUUGCCAGCUGACACCCUCAACACAUACAGUGUAGGAUUUAAUGACAAUCAAGUUUGUUUAUGAAUUAAUAAAAAAAUCCCAAGGAAAAUCUGCCUUUUAUAUGUCCAGGAUGUAACUAAGGAUUAGUGAAGUGGAUGUGGAAUUAAAUGGAUAUUGGAGAUCAAAAAGGACUGACAGAAAAUCAUCUUUACUCAAUGAUCCCAGGAGCAGUUUGCUUAGAUAAAAAAGUCAUCUUGUUUUUACAAUACUGAAGAAUGGAAGAACUUCUGCUGUGGGCACUGGACACACCAGCAGUACUGGGCUUGGGGUCUCUAUACCAUAAAUGAAGCAGCAUCUCCUGUGAGUGCAGGUGGGAAUGCAGGUAGGGCUGCAGAGAAACAUGCAUUUGGAAAAGUAUGCUGUUGCCCUUGAGAGGCCAGGCCCUGUGCAUUGUGCAGUCUUUGCUUUGUACCUUCCUGCCCAUGGGCUGGGAGCCCUGUGGAUCCCAAGAAUCUUCCUCCUUAUGGAGCUGUUUAAGAGACCAGCUCUGCUCUUGACCUCAGUUUUUACCAGGUCAUUCUUGGAGAGUUCCAAUACAUCCCCAUUUCCCAAUCUGUUUGGGCAAACCAGCCUGGUGCCUCAGUUCUGACAGACUGAUCUCAGCCCUGGGGGUGGAUGGUGAGGAAAUGAUGCUCCAAGGAAAGUCCGUACUCUGAUGGGGGGAGUUAGGUUUUCUUUUCUUACACCAAAAAGGUGAAAAGCCCUGUUUUGCAUAUACCAAGCUUGCUUUUGGCUAAUGUGCUUGCCAGAGAUUUGGAUAUUCCCCCAAACACAAUCCCUCCUGAACGAAGAGUGCUACAGACAAUUCUCCACAAUCACCAGCGCAGAUCCUGAAAAGCAAAGAAAUCCAUAUUUUUCUGCUUGUAGGAAUUUUUCUAUCCCUUGUGGCUCUUGGUUUUGCAGUAAUGUUACAUGGAGAAGGAAAAUGUUUCCUGCCUCCAGAAUUUCCCUUUGGGACCCCUAUUAACAAAAAAAGUCUUGUAGCUGUGAAACCUGUUGACUGGCUUUGCUGUGACAUAAAACAGGCACCUUCAGUUCUCUGGGUAUUCAGUAACAGUGUGAGUGCUUUUGAGAUUUGAGAUACUGUCAGCAAAACCUUUUUUUUAUCUGAGCUUCAUUUUUUAUGAGAGCUGUGUGAAAGCAGCCUAUGCUAAGAAGCAGUAUGGCCAUCUCCCCUUGACCUUUCAUGGUUAAUGUUUAACAACUUAGAAAGUUAAAAUAGCCCUUUGCUGGGAAACUACAGCCCUGGUAGAAGUGAACAUUUCUCUGGCUGUGGUGUCCACCUUUGCAAAUCUUUCCCUCUGCUGGUGGGGUGAUAUAAUCUCAACUGCCAAAGAUUGAUUUCACGCUGACUGGGGAUUUUCAUAACACAAACUCCUCUUUUCUGUGGUGGAUUUGCACCAAGUCUUACUUUGAUUUGUUGGGUUGCCUCCCAGCCACAAAGUAAAAUGGGUGUGUCUCUAGCCAUUAGCAUUUAGGGGACAGGGAUUGCUUCUGGAUCGGAGCUGCAGGCAAUUACUGCAUGAAGAAUAUGUUUAUGGUUAUGUCUAAAAUCGUGGGCAGGUGGUGCUCUGAAAGUUUCCUGGAUUGUAACUAUGGCGACUUCCAAAGUUCACAUUCAUUCCCAGGUUAGAGAUAAAGAGUUUCCAUUUUAGGGCAGGCCAAAGUCAUUAAGAAAAAUACAGGAUACUUCCAUUGUUUGCAGUAAAAAGCUUUCCUUUCCCUGAUGAUGUGAUGAACGGGAACAGUACAAAACUGAUGCCUUUCCUGAGCAAUUCAAUCUGUGUGCAGUGUCUGGGGGUGCUGGGAGACAGGGUGUGCACGUUGCUGUAGGGAAAUCCAGAGGGAAGACCAGCCCAGUCCUGCACACACCUUGGUGAGGCAGUGCCUGGCGAGCGCCUCUGCCACCUCGCCAUGCGCUGCUCCAGGGUACGGCUCCCGAAAAUCGCCAAAGCCCUGAUUUGCCUCCUUGUUGUAGCACAGUUCUACCUCUUCGUUGGCAAUUCCAGCUCCUUGUUUGACUUGGCCAAGACAAAGAUUUUCAGGAAAUGGAACAUUUUCCAACAUGCCCCAGAGACACAAGAAGUGGACCCCCAAGAGCAACAGGGUUUAAACUAUUCUGAUAAUGGGAACUCCAGGAGCAUUUCAAAGGUGACUUUGGGAGGACACAUGACAAGACUCAAUGAUGUGGUGGAGAAGACACCAAGAUGGAAUGGAAAGGAGGAGCAGAAGGAACCAAUGAGACCAGUUAUGAUUAUUAAGGAAGCCAAGGAGAAUACGGCUGUGAAACCACCACCCCAGUUGGAGGGAAUCAAGAAGACAACAGCGAAAACAACCCCAGUGGUGCAGGAAAACAAGGGGGAAACAACAGUGAGGCCAGCUCCAUGGGUGGAAGAAGCCAAGGAAAAGACAACAGUGAAACCACUUCCCAGGGAGAAGGGAGGCAAUGAGAAGGCAACAGUGGAACCACCCUCUGUGGUGAAGGGAGCACAAGAGAACAAUACAUCCAAAGACCAAACAAAAUCCAAAGUGGUGACGGGAGCACGUGAGAACAACACAUCUGAAGACCAAACAAAACCCAAAGCACCUCCUGCAUCAAUGAAAACUGCAAGACCUACCCCUCAGGCUGCUGCUGUGACACAGAAGAGGAAACUGAGCUCUGCUAACUUCACAUCUGAGCCACAGUGGGAUUUCGAGGACGAGUACCUGCUGGAUAACUCAUCCCCACCCUCGACCUGCUCUGAAUCAGUGAGGGCCAGGGCUGCCAAAUCUGACUGGCUGCGGGAUCUUUUCCUGCCCAACAUCACACUCUUCAUAGACAAGAGAUACUUCAAUGACAGUGAAUGGAACCGCCUGGAGCAUUUUACACCCCCCUAUGGCUUCAUGGACCUGAAUUAUUCACUGGUAAAGGAGGUCAUAUCCCUGCUGCCCCCAAAGCCCCACCAGCAGCUGCUCCUGGCCAACCAUGACAGCAGCGUGCCCACAUGCAUCAGCUGUGCUGUUGUGGGGAAUGGAGGAAUACUGAAUAACUCUGGGAUGGGCCAGGAGAUUGACUCCCAUGACUAUGUCUUCAGGGUGAGCGGGGCUGUAAUCAAGGGUUAUGAAAAAGAUGUGGGAACCAAAACCUCCUUUUAUGGAUUCACGGCCUUCUCCCUGGCUUCCUCUCUUCAGAUCUUGGGACACAGAGGGUUCAGCAGCAUCCCAUGGGAUAAACGUGUCAGAUACAUUCACUUCCUGGAGGGAGCAAGGGACUAUGAGUGGCUGAAGGCUCUUCUGCUCAACAAGGACAUCAGGAAAGGAUUCUUGAACCUCGGCAGGCAGAAGCCCCGGCAGAAAUUCAAUAAGGAUUUCACAAUGGACAAAUACCUGGUGGUUCACCCCGAUUUCCUCAGAUACAUGAAAAACAGGUUUUUAAAGUCUAAAAAUUUACAAAAGCACUACUGGAGGCUGUACAGACCCACAACGGGGGCCUUCAUGCUCCUGACUGCCCUUCAUCUCUGUGACCAGGUCAGUGCUUAUGGCUACAUCACUGAGGGGCACGAGAAGUACUCGGAUCACUACUAUGACAAGAACUGGAAAAAGCUGAUUUUCUACAUUAACCAUGACUUCAACCUGGAGAAGCAGGUGUGGAAAAGGCUUCAUGAUGAGAAUAUAAUGAGACUUUACGUGAGAACCUGACUGCAGCAGGUUCUGGGAAAUCUCAACAACACCUCCCUGGGAACAGAAGAGGACCACCAGAGCCAAGGUUAGCUCUGGACUGCCAGGCACAUUUCAUCCCCACAAAGACAUUUCCCUCCUUCAGCACCUCUGCUAUUUCACAGCACUCCAACAGAUGUGUGAAUGCUGGAGACCCAAAGACCAACAAGAAAAUGCAGCCUGCCAAAAAAGUCUGGCUGUGCUGCAGGACUCUUGCUUGUUGUAGGCAUGGGUAUUAAGAGAGCAGAAUCCAGGAUGGAUAUGGUCCUUUGUGUAAUUCCUCUCUCAACAAAGGAGAUGCUGCUCAGGCUGGGGCCACUUCUCUUCUGGGUGGAUCCUCUCCAUUAGCAAUGCCCAUUUUGGAACUGGGUAUUGUCUAAACAAACUCCCCGAGGAGCUGGAAUGGAUGGAGGUGGAAACACAGAUUCUGGUUCAGGUUGACUUAGUUUUUUGUGGGGGGAGGGGGGAACGGGCUGCACUGGGAUGGACUGGACACAUCCAGUGACUAAUCUGAGAGAGAAUGAUUUUCACUUCUGCUACCCAGAAUGGCCUUGCUAUGACACUUCCAGAGGAGCACUGCCAUCAGCUCAAGGGCAGGCAGCUGCUCUCCAUGGUGUGGCAGACCUUCUGUACCUGGUGCCUCUUGCCCCAGGGCUUCCCUGGCUGACAAAAUGUGAAAUUUUGUGGCAUGGACCUGAUGUGUCAAGUCCUUGCAUAGAUGGACUUCAUCAUGCCUGGCUCCCAGCCGUGCCCAGGGUGUUUGUCCUCCUGGGAGGAGAGGUGGAAGCUCUCCAAGUCCAGGGAUGGAUGCUGUCCUGGCGUGUAAGAUAAGCAUGGAUUCUAUUGCCAUCUGUUGGAGGUUGGGCAGUUUUCUUAUCUCUCCCAAGAACAAUGUCUCCCUCCGGGGAGAUAUCUUCUGUUAAUGGGCUAUUAAUGACUCACUGCAUGACUGGUAAAGGUACAUCAGCGCAUUGUGAGAUGCUCCACCCAGAGGAGGAGCCAAGCAGCCCUACCUGCAUAAAAUCAGCACUUUUUGGGGCACUAGAGCAGCCCUUUUCUGGAUUCCCAGAGGAGCAGCUUCUUUUCUGCUGGAUCCCCAGAGGAAGACCAGGCCUAGCUACUCCAUCACCAGACCUUCAGAGAAAAC